CUCCGAAGAACUAGAAACUAGAAAUAAACAACUUUAGCAUUCCUCAUGAGACGCCCCUGUUAUUCUAAUCAAUUUCUUUUGCAAAAUUCUUUCUUUUCAUAAGUUCUUCUCAGGUUUUCUCAGGCAUUUAAGUGGAAAAUGAUUUUCGUCGCACUACUUGCAGGUCUAUUUGCGAGCGCGACUGCGCUGGAAUGUUACGUUUGCACCAACCAAGAGCACAACCAAGAGAAGUGUCUCAACACGAUAAAAACGUGCGAGCAAAAUGAGGACAUGUGUCUCUCCGAAGUGAAAUGGGGCUCCACACCCUACUGGGACCAAGGAGCAGCUAAGCAGUUUUACGUUUCAAAAAGAUGUGCCACCAAGCAGCAGUGUUCGGAGCUCAGGUCGCAAUUCAUGCCCUUCUGCACGCACAUUUGGUACGAGGACUGGAAGUGUGCAGAGUGCUGCCAGGGAGACAGAUGCAACUACUAUGUCAUCCUUGGAGCCAGUUCAGCGAAGAGCAGCGUGACAGUUUUGGUCGCAGCAGUGGGAGCAGCAUUUGUGCUGUGGCGUCUUGUUUUGCCGUCAUAGACUUCGCUCAUGAAAUUCCACAUUCUUAUUUUUUUUUU